UUUUGCCGCCCGUGGACAAACUGAAACUCGAAACAACAGUAUAACAGUAUAUAACAGUAUAAUAUAGACAGCGUAACGUUCAACUAAUUUUUAACAAUUUUUGUAAUUUUCAACAGUACAAUAUGCUUUUAUUUCUACUCCAUGUUCUCGGUGGAUUGGCGAUGGUAACGGCACAGGGUGCAUCCAUGAGGCGAGUUUGUUAUUAUACAAAUUGGUCUCAAUACCGUGUUGGUUUUGGGCAAUUCUGGCCCGAAGAUAUAGACGCCAACCUCUGUACUCACAUCAUAUACGCAUUUGCCAAUCUAAGUGGAACCAACAUUAUACCUAGAGAAUGGAACGACGAUGGACCCUCCGGGUUGUAUGUUCGAGUUAACAGUCUCAAAAAUGCAAAUCCCGAGUUGUCAACACUUCUUGGAGUGAUAGGAGACAAUUUCGAAGAUAUGUUAGCAACAGACGCAAACAGAGCUGAAUUUGUGGCGAACACCAUAGCCUACUUCAGGGAGCCGUACAGAGAAUUUGAUGGUAUAAAUCUAGAUUUCAAAGCACCAUCUGCAUUCUACAGUGCUAGAUUCGCCUUGCUUUUCCAGGAACUUCGAGCAGCUUUCGAUGAAGAGGCGAAUGCCACUGGAAGUGUACCACUUAUUCUGUCAUGCACUUUAAGCGGAAAGCUGACCGAAAUCGACCAAGGAUAUGACAUCCCGGUGAUAGAUAUGAAUGCAGACUUAAUCAACCUAUUAACGUACGAUCUGUGGGCAAGCUGGGACGGUGCAACCGGCCACCACUCUCCGCUAUUUCAACGCAGUGGCCAAGCAGCGGCAGCUUCUUAUCUGAACUGGGAAGCCAUCGUAGACUAUUAUAUAUUACUUGGUGCCUCCGUGGAAAAGCUGAACCCUGGCCUGGCUUUCUACGCCAGAACAUUCACCCUAGCUAAUGGUUUAAUUAAUGGUUAUGAUGUCCCCACGUCUGGGCCAGGGGUAGCCGGUACCUGGACAGCCACAGCAGGGCAACUCUCAUAUUAUGAGGUGUGUCUUGACUUCUUACCCGCCCCAGCUACUGUAGUGUGGAAUGAUGAGCAUGUUGUACCAUACGCAUACUUCCAGGACCAGUGGGUCGCCUAUGAUAAUGCACAGAGUGUCGGCAAUAAGACCCGUUGGGCGACUGAGCGAGGGAUCGGUGGUGUGAUGACAUUUGCCCUUGAUAUGGAUGAUUUCGCUGACCUUUGCUCAGAGGGGAAAUUUCCAUUGCAUCAGACAGUAAUUGACAAUAUGGGACUGUGCAUUAACGGGACAGAAUGUGCAUACGUGUAAACUGUCUUGAAAAUGGUCCAUAUUUCGAUGUUGUCCCUACACACAAUUAUGAUACAAUCUCAUUCGGUCUUGGAUAACAGGGGUUAAGUGAUCGAUCUGUUUGAAUUUAUUCCACCCGAAUAUUUUCAUACUGUUUAUCAAAGAGCUAAAAUUUGUUAUAUCGCCCUCAGAUAAAAUACAAGUAUAUUCCUCUGAUGUUUUAUCCCAGAAAUAUGGGAUAAAAUGUUAUAAGGAAAUGUUCCAUUUCUGCACAAACUGCACACAAGGAAAUAUUAUACUCCAUAACUUUGUUUAUACAAAUUUGGGAUUAAAUUUUAUAUUAAAAUAACUAUCAAGGUUCAAUUUGAAAAGAAGUCUUGUUAAAUAUGCCCAAGGGAAAUGACCAAAAUUUGUACAGAACACAGCAAGAAAAGAAAACAUCUAAGCGUACACCAAACUAUAAUCUAACGUGAAAAGAAACCAUAUAAUCCUCUCCUA